UGGCGGCCGGAGCCGGAGACUCUCCAGUAUGGCUUCCGCACCACCUCCUCGAUACAACUCCCACUCUUUGGAGAACGAGUCCAUUAAGAGGACUUCUCAAGAUGGAAUUAAUCAGGAUCUCAGUGAGGCAGUCCCUCGCCUGCCUGGAGAAACUCGGAUCACUGACAAAGAAGUUAUUUACAUAUGUCCUUUCAAUGGCCCCAUUAAGGGAAGAGUAUACAUCACAAAUUAUCGUCUUUAUUUAAGAAGUUUGGAAACGGAUUCUGCUCUAAUACUUGAUGUUCCUCUGGGUGUGAUCUCAAGAAUUGAGAAAAUGGGAGGCGCGACAAGUAGAGGAGAAAAUUCCUAUGGUCUAGAUAUUACUUGUAAAGACAUGAGAAACCUGAGGUUCGCCUUGAAACAGGAAGGCCACAGCCGAAGAGACAUGUUUGAGAUCCUCACCAAAUACGCAUUUCCCCUGGCACACAGUCUGCCAUUGUUUGCAUUUUUAAAUGAAGAGAAGUUUAACGUGGAUGGAUGGAUGGUUUAUAAUCCUGUGGAAGAAUACAGACGGCAGGGCUUGCCCAAUCACUAUUGGAGAAUCUCUUUUAUUAAUAAGUGCUAUGAACUCUGCGACACUUACCCUGCUCUUCUGGUGGUUCCGUACCGUGCCUCAGAUGAUGAUCUCCGGAGAGUAGCCACGUUUCGGUCCCGAAAUCGAAUUCCAGUGCUGUCGUGGAUCCAUCCUGAAAACAAGACCGUCAUCGUGCGCUGCAGCCAGCCUCUGGUCGGUAUGAGUGGUAAACGGAACAAGGACGACGAGAAGUAUCUGGAUGUUAUCAGGGAGACGAAUCGACAAAUUUCCAAACUCACCAUCUAUGAUGCAAGGCCCAAUGUAAAUGCAGUGGCCAACAAGGCAACAGGAGGAGGAUAUGAAAGUGAUGAUGCAUAUCAUAAUGCUGAACUUUUCUUCUUGGACAUUCAUAAUAUCCAUGUCAUGCGGGAGUCUUUAAAAAAAGUGAAAGAUAUUGUUUAUCCAAAUGUAGAAGAAUCUCACUGGUUGUCCAGUCUGGAGUCCACUCAUUGGCUAGAACAUAUCAAGCUGGUUUUGACAGGAGCCAUUCAGGUGGCCGACAAAGUGUCUUCCGGCAAGAGCUCGGUGCUGGUGCACUGCAGCGACGGCUGGGACCGCACGGCCCAGCUCACGGCCCUCGCCAUGCUGAUGCUGGACAGCUACUACCGGACCAUCGAAGGCUUCGAGAUCUUGGUCCAAAAAGAAUGGAUAAGUUUUGGACAUAAGUUUGCAUCUAGGAUAGGUCAUGGUGAUAAAAACCACGCGGACGCUGACCGAUCUCCGAUUUUCCUGCAGUUCAUUGAUUGUGUGUGGCAAAUGUCAAAACAGUUCCCUACAGCUUUUGAAUUCAAUGAGCAGUUUUUGAUUACAAUUCUGGAUCAUCUGUAUAGUUGCCGGUUUGGUACUUUCUUGUACAACUGUGAAUCUGUCCGAGAAAGACAGAAAGUUACAGAAAGAACUGUUUCUUUAUGGUCGUUGAUAAACAGUAAUAAAGAAAAAUUCAAGAACCCCUUCUAUACAAAAGAAAUCAAUCGCAUUUUAUAUCCAGUUGCCAGUAUGCGCCACUUGGAACUCUGGGUAAAUUACUACAUUCGAUGGAACCCCCGAAUCAAGCAACAACAGCCAAAUCCUGUGGAGCAACGUUACAUGGAGCUCCUAGCUCUGCGCGAUGAGUACAUCAAGAGGCUAGAGGAACUGCAGAUCAGCAACUCGGCCAAGAUCUCUGACCCCCCGACUUCCCCAUCCAGUCCUUCCCAACUGAUGCCCCACGUGCCAACUCACUUCUGAGCGGGAACCCUGGUCCCAGGCUCCCUCUCAGAAUAAAGGAGCUAUGCGAGCUCAAUCUUGUGUAUCUGUACAAAGUAGAUUAAAAUAUUUGCCUCCAUAUAGAUCCUGAACUAAUAUAACCUUAAACUCUUGAAUAUGUGCCUUCUAUAAUCCACAUUACAAGAAAAAAUCCAGAAUCUAUAUGGCAAUCAGAAGAAAGGAGAAUGUUUGGAAAACCCUGACACCAUUAAAUAAGCAAGUGUUCAAAGAUAAGGUUUUCAUUUAUUACUUUAGAAGCCUCUGUCUACAAUAUGAAUUUUGCGGGUUUCAUCGAAGCAACAUUAUUCUAAGUUAAAUGGGGAAGAUGUUUGUGAAAUGGAUUUUCCCCCAAGCUGCUCCAGAUAGUUACUUUGGAUGAUCUACAAUGAAUCCAAAUGUGUAAGGUGUGUAUGUGCCUGCCAAAAUCAUACUGAGCUUGCCUUCCUAGGCAUUCUCCACAAGCAGCGGGGUUAAAUCAUUGCCAAAUGGUGUGCCACCAUGGGUGGAGAUUUCAAGAGGAGCUAGAGAGGAGUCCGCUCAUGGUUUUGAACUUUGGAGCGCCUUCCCCUCAUCUCCAAGAGCAGCAUAUCAUCAUAUCACAAGGCUGGUGGAGACCAGUUAAAUAGAAGUUGAUAGUUUUUGUAACUUUGUUAGUUCAGGUUUCAAAUAUUUUCAUGAAGUCACCAAAACUUCAGAAUGAUUUUCCAGUUGUAGCAAACAGCACCAUUAUGGGGCGUCAGGUGGCGUGAGGCUAUUGAGGUAUGAAUGUUUCUGCAAACUUUGCCCUAGUCCAACCAGCUUGUCUACCAAAGGAGGGGCUACCAUCUUGUCUCUGAGCUCUCGCAGCAGCAUUGUGCUUGAAUUGAAGUGCCCGGGUGUGUAUCUGUUGAGCGUAUUCUCUAAACAGGAUGUGUUGAAUGAAUUUCAGUUUAAAUGGUGUCGGGUGUUCCUCCCCUCAAAUGUGCAUAAAAACUGGUUCUACAUAUUUUUACUUGAAGCACCAGGCAGUUUGCUUUUUCAGGUUUGGGGACAUCUUUGUUUUGUUUUAUUGGUUGUUGGGUUUUUUUUCUUUUUGUAGUAUUAAAUGAAAUUUUAAACGCACAGUUCUAUUUGAUAUCUGAACUAAUUCAUUUAGUAAGUAUAUUUGUACAAGUUAAGUCUAGAGUUAAAACAAUUAAUGUGUUUUACAAUGAUUUGUAAAGGACUAUUUAUAGCUAAUAUGGUUUUGUUUUCAAUGAAUUAAGAGAGAUUAAAUAUAUCUUUGUAAAUUAUUUUAUGCCCUAGCUUAAUUGGUCUACCAAGUAAGACAUCUCAAAUGCAGUAGUGUAUAUGAAUUUUGUAAGUAUAGAAAUUUUAUUAGACAUUCUCUUGCUCUUUGUAAACGCUGUAAAUAUUUCAUAAAUUUAACAAAUGGUUACUCCAUAAAAAGGGGGGGGAAGCUAAUACUAAUAGCUUAAAGGAUUUUGUGGAAUUUCAUGAAAGAUUUUUCAUGGCAAUAAUGACUAAGACCUGCUGUAAUAAAUAUAUUAACAGAAGCAUUGGA